CGCGGAGGAUAAGCUGUAUUAGCGUUAAACGCAGAUAAUAUUUUGUGGCUCCGGUUGCCCUUGCGUUGGUUCUGCGUCUCCACCCACACUGAAAUGCUCUCUGUCGCUCCAGCUUGCUCCCCGCUUUCUCUCCGGCGUCUAUUCCUCCCUCCCUUCACUUGCCGAAGUGACGGCUGCCUUUCCCUAGGCUCCCGCCGCAUUGGACGAAGAUUGCCCGUCGCAAGGCCUCCUCUUUCCGUCACUCUGUUCUCCAUCCGCCCCUCGUCAGGGAGGGAACAACAGUUCUUUGAACUAGAAGACGAGGAUGAGGCGGAGGAGGAUGAAGAAGAUGAUGAAGAUGUGGCGGCGGAAGAGUAUGUAAAUGGGGUUUUAGCGACUGGGGCUUUUUCUGAAGAUGUGUAUGAGUACACGGAGAGCGAGGAAGAGGAGGUGGAGGUGAGGGUGGAAGUGCAGCACUCAGCGGGGUCUUUGACUCAGUACAACCAUCAUACGUGGCAGAGGGUGGAGAGGCUUAUAACAGAGGUCAGGGAGUUCGGGGAGGAGAUUAUUGAUUUUGAUGAGCUUGCUGGUGUUUAUGAUUUUCCCAUUGAUAAGUUCCAGAGGUUAGCCAUCCAAGCAUUUUUAAGGGGUUCAUCAGUUGUAGUUUCUGCACCAACUAGUAGUGGGAAGACAUUAAUUGCAGAAGCUUCAGCAAUGGCUACUGUUGCUAAAGGAAGACGACUCUUCUAUACAACCCCGUUGAAGGCUUUGUCUAACCAAAAAUAUCGAGAUUUCAGGAAAUCAUUUGGUGAGAAUAGAGUUGGUCUUUUGACUGGAGAUUCUUCAAUUAACAAAGAUGCAUCGAUAUUAAUUAUGACGACAGAGAUUCUUCGUAACAUGAUGUAUCAGAGUGUUGGAAUGGUGUCUUCAGGGAGUAAGUUGUUUGACGUCGAUGUGGUUGUUCUUGAUGAAGUUCACUAUCUGAGUGACAUAUCACGUGGUACUGUUUGGGAAGAGAUAGCCAUAUACUGUCCGAAGGAAGUCCAACUUAUAUGUCUCUCAGCAACUGUUGCAAAUCCUGACGAGUUAGCUGGUUGGAUAGGUCAGAUUCAUGGCAAAACAGAAUUGGUGGUUUCCACAAAAAGGCCAGUUCCACUACAGUGGUACUUCUCCUUAAAGAACUCUCUGCUACCACUUUUAGAUGAGAAAGGCACAAAAAUCAAUAGGAAACUUUCAAUUGAUAACUUGCAUCCAUCAUCCUCAAAGGAAGAUUCUUGCAGUGAGAACAGAACAAGAAAAUAUAAAUUGAAUAAAACUGAACAAAGCCUUAGUAGGAUUUCUAGGAUCUCAAGAAAGACAUCUUUAUCAAAGAAUGUCAUGACAAGCUUACGCCGUUCACAAGUUCCUCAAAUUAGGGAUACCUUAAAGCACCUUAGGGUGAAUAAUAUGCUACCAGCUAUUUGGUUUAUUUUUAGUAGAAGAGGUUGUGAUGCCGCUGUUCAGUACCUUGAGGAUUGCAUGCUUUUAGAUGACUGUGAAGCUAGUGAAGUUGAGCUUGAAUUACGGAAAUUUCGGGUACAAUAUCCUGAUGCUAUUCGGGAAUGCGCCGUGAAAGGUCUUUUGCAAGGAAUUGCAGCACAUCAUGCGGGCUGCUUACCACUCUGGAAGUCUUUUGUGGAGGAACUGUUUCAAAGAGGCCUUGUGAAGGCUGUUUUUGCUACCGAAACACUUGCUGCUGGAAUCAACAUGCCUGCUAGGACAGCUGUAAUUUCUUCUCUUACCAAAAGGGGUGAUUCUGGACGGACGCUUAUAAGCUCAAAUGAGCUACUUCAAAUGGCAGGUCGUGCUGGAAGGAGAGGUAUUGAUGAAGUUGGCUAUGCUGUUCUUGUUCAAACUCCGUAUGAAGGAGCUGAAGAAUCUUGUGAGCUUCUGUUCACAGGGCUUGAACCUCUUGUAUCACAAUUUACUGCUUCUUAUGGAAUGGUUCUGAAUCUCCUAGCUGGUACAAGAGUUACUCGUAUGGCAAGCAGAAGUGCUAAUUUAAAUUCUUUUAGUACCGGAAGGACAUUAGAAGAAGCUAGGAAACUGGUUGAACGAAGUUUUGGUAACUAUGUUGGAAGCAAUGUAAUGCUUGCUGCUAAAGAAGAACUCACUAGGAUCAGGAAAGAAAUUGAGUUGAUUUCACAGGAAGUUACCGAAGAAGCUAUUGAAAGAAAGUGUCAAGAGCAACUCUUGGAGGCAGAGUAUGCUGAAAUCUUAAAUUUACAGGAAGAACUGAGGGGAGAAAAACGGUUGCGAACUGAACUCAGACAAAAGAUGGAGCUUAAGCGAAUGGCUGCAUGGAAGCCAUUAUUAGAUGAAUUUGAAACUGGACAACUGCCGUUCAUUUGUCUUCAAUAUAAAGACAGCGACUCAGUUCAACAUGUUGUCUCUGGUGUUUAUGUGGGAAAGUUUCAUCUAGAUCCCGAUGAUUCUAACAUUGACCGGUCUAAGAAUAAGCUUGCAUAUGCGGAAGAGCAGAAUGGCAGCAACCCAUCAUAUGGUGUAGCUUUGGGCUCGGACAACUCCUGGUAUUUAUUUUCAGAAAAGUGGAUUAAAAUGAUAUACAAGAUUGGCCUUCCUGACGUCUCUUUAGCUUAUGGUGAAGCUUUACCAAGAGAAAUUUUGAAGGGACUCUUAACAGAGGAGGAGAUUGCAUGGGGAAAGCUAUCAGAAUCUGAGUUUGGAUCUCUAUGGAGCGCAGAAGGUUCACUUGAGACAUGGUCAUGGAGUCUAAAUGUUCCAGUGUUGAGUAGUCUUUCGGAAGAUGAUGAGGUGCAAAACUGGUCAGAAGAAUAUCAAGAUGCUAUCAACUGUUAUAGGGAGCAAAGGACAAGGGUUUCCCGUUUGAAGAAAAAAUUGACAAACACAAAGGGGUUUAAAGAAUUCAAAAGUGUUUUGGAUAUGGUUAAUUUCAACAAUGAAAAAAUUAGGCGCUUAGAAACUAAAUCUCAUCGUUUAACCAAAAGGAUAGAACAGAUUGAACCCUCUGGUUGGAAAGAGUUUCUUCAGAUCAGCAAAGUUAUACAGGAAACCAGAGCAUUAGAUGUCAAUACCCAUGUUAUGUAUCCUUUGGGAGAAACGGCGUCUGCAAUUCGAGGAGAAAAUGAGCUUUGGCUUGCUAUGGUUCUUAGAAAUAAAGUUUUGUUAGAUCUAAAACCUGCUCAACUUGCUCCAAUUCUUGGAAGUUUAGUCUCUGAAGGGAUAAAAAUUCGGCCUUGGAAAAGUAACUGCUACGUAUAUGAACCAUCUUCUAUUGUAAUCAAAGUUGUCGACAUUUUGGAGGAACAGAGAACCUCACUCUUGCAGAUACAGGAUAAGCAUGGGGUGAAGAUUUCUUGUGGAUUAGAUAGCCAAUUUUCUGGGAUGGUUGAGGCUUGGGCUUCUGGCUUGACUUGGAGAGAAAUAAUGAUGGACUGUGCAAUGGAUGAGGGUGAUUUGGCUCGGCUCUUUCGGCGUACAAUUGAUCUGCUGGCACAGAUUCCAAAACUGCCAGACAUCGAUCCUGUGGUGCAAAGCAACGCCCUCGCCGCCGCUAAUGUUAUGGACCGUCCCCCCAUCAGCGAGUUUGCUUGAUGAACAGUGAGUGUUUGCCAUUUACUCUUCAGUUUUUUUCUGAUCUUAUUGCAUUAAGAAUUAUAUAUAUGAAUUUGUAUAGUAUCUGUUCUUUGUGUUGUAGCUUUUCCUUUCUUAUAUGAUUUUGUAUUUCAUUUUUUAAAAAAAACUAUAGAUAAGUUAAUAUAUA